AUGCCUGUCCGGAGGGGUCACGUGGCGCCGCAGAACACCUUCCUGGGAAUAAUAAUUCGGAAAUUUGAGGGUCAAAACAGGAAGUUUGUGAUCGCCAACGCGCGGGUGGAGAACUGCGCCAUCAUCUACUGCAACGACGGCUUCUGUGAGAUGACGGGGUUCUCGCGGCCGGACGUGAUGCAGCGACCCGGCACCUGCCCCUUCCUGCACGGCGCGCUGACCCCCCCCGCCGCCAUCGGCCAGGUGGAGCAGGCCAUGGGGGGGUCCGAGGAGCGCAAGUUGGAGAUCACCUACCACCGCAAGGACGGCUCGGCCUUCCAGGGCAGCGUCCACGUGAUGCCGGUGAAGAACGAGGAGGGGCUUGUGAUGAUGUUCAUCCUCAACUUUGACUACGUCCUGGACGAGGGCAGCGACGACUCUACCGAGAAGACAGCCCACACCUCCCCCACCCGGUCCGACCAGAGACGGCGACGGUUCCUCCGCUUCCGGCAGGCGGCGCUGAGCCUGAUGGGGACGGCCAAGCAGCCCCUCCCCCAGGAGGACCCGGACGCCGUGCUGGUGGACCCCCCCGGGGCACCGGAGGACCCCGCCCCCGUGGCCCCCGGGGGCCCCCCCUCGCCCGCCGGGGGCCCCUGCGGCGCCGCGGAGCCCGAGGCCAGCGACACGCGCGCGCUGAUCGCCCCCAGCAGGCGCGGCUCCCGGGCCAGCGAGGGCCCCGGGCCCCCGGACCCCCCCACACCGCAGCACCCCUGGGAGGAGCCCCCCCCCUCCGGCGCGCAGGCCCAGCCCCUCCCCCGGGACGGCCCGGCCAGCAUGAGGCGCGCCUCCUCUCUGCACGACAUGGAGCGCUUCAGCUGCAGCGCCAAGGGCCUGUUCAGGGAGCGCCACGGCAGCGAAGACAAUGGCCGCCUGACCAGAGGACCCUUUAACCACCUGAAGUCCAGUCUUCUUGGCUCCAACUCAGAGUCCAACAUCAACAGGUACAGCACCAUCAACAAGAUCCCGCUGAUCGCCCUCAACUUCUCAGACGGAGGAGAUAAGAAGACCCAUUCUCCACCCGCUUCCGAGAACACCAUCAUCGCACCCAAGGUGAAGGACAGAACUCACAACGUGACAGAGAAGGUCACCCAGGUGCUGUCCCUGGGGGCCGACGUGCUCCCGGAGUACAAGCUGCAGACCCCGCGCAUGGACCGCCUCACCAUCCUCCACUACAGCCCCUUCAAGGCCGUGUGGGACUGGCUCAUCCUGCUGCUGGUCAUCUACACCGCCAUCCUCACGCCCUACGCCGCCGCCUUCCUGCUCAACGACCGCGAGGAGCAGAAGCGGCGUGAGUGCGGCUACUCGUGCUCCCCGCUCAACGUGGUGGACCUCAUGGUGGACAUCAUGUUCAUCAUCGACAUCCUCAUCAACUUCCGAACCACCUACGUGAACGCCAACGAGGAGGUGGUGAGCCACCCGGCGCGCAUCGCCAUCCACUACUUCAAGGGCUGGUUCCUGAUCGACAUGGUGGCCGCCAUCCCCUUCGACCUGCUCAUCUUCGGCUCGGGGUCCGAUGAGACCACCACCCUGAUUGGCCUGCUGAAGACAGCCAGACUGCUGCGAUUGGUGCGUGUGGCCAGGAAGCUGGACCGCUACUCCGAGUAUGGCGCCGCCGUGCUCAUGCUGCUCAUGUGCAUCUUCGCCCUGAUCGCCCAUUGGCUGGCCUGCAUCUGGUACGCCAUCGGCAACGUGGAGAAGCCUUACCUGGAGCACAAGAUCGGCUGGCUGGACAAUCUGGGCGUGUCCAUCGGGAAGCGGUACAACUACAGCGACCCCUCGUCCGGACCCUCCAUCAAGGACAAGUACGUGACGGCGCUGUACUUCACCUUCAGCAGCCUGACCAGCGUGGGCUUCGGGAACGUGUCCCCCAACACCAACUCAGAGAAGAUCUUCUCCAUCUGCGUCAUGCUCAUUGGCUCCCUGAUGUACGCCAGUAUCUUCGGGAACGUGUCAGCCAUCAUCCAGCGGCUGUACUCGGGGACGGCCCGCUACCACGCCCAGAUGCUGCGGGUCAAGGAGUUCAUCCGCUUCCACCAGAUCCCCAACCCCCUGCGCCAGCGGCUGGAGGAAUACUUCCAGCACUCCUGGACCUACACCAACGGCAUCGACAUGAACACGGUCCUGAAAGGUUUCCCAGAGUGUCUGCAGGCAGACAUCUGCCUCCACCUCAACAGGAUCCUGCUGCAGGACUGCAAGGCCUUCCAGGGGGCCACCAAGGGCUGCCUGAGGGCCCUGGCCAUGCGCUUCCAGACCACCCACGCCCCCCCCGGGGACACCCUGGUGCACAGCGGGGACGUGCUCACCGCCCUCUACUUCCUGUCCCGGGGGUCCAUCGAGAUCCUCAAGGACGACAUUGUGGUCGCCAUCCUCGGGAAAAACGACAUCUUCGGCGAGAUGAUCCAUCUGUGCUCCAAGUCGGGGAAGUCCAACGCGGACGUGCGGGCACUGAGCUACUGCGACCUGCACACCAUCCAGAGGGAGGAGCUUCUGGAGGUGCUGGACAUGUACCCCGAGUUCAACCACCUCUUCUUCAGCAACCUGGAGCUCACCUUCAACCUCAGGGACGAAAACACGACGGCGACCAACAGCCAAGACAACGACUCGGACGGAGUCGCUCCCAGCAAGAGGCGGAUCUCCUUCACGCCCCGCCUCCCCAGAGGAGACAGCAGCCAGGACGUGGAUCAGGACCUGUGCCUGAAGAGAUCCCCAGAGGGCCUCCACCCCCCCCACCCUGACCAACACAUCCAGGACCUCCAGGAGCUCCAGCCCAGCGCCCCUAACCAGGACCUCCGGCCCGGGGACAGCAUGGAGCAGAACCCGUCUUCUGGAGAACCCGCUGAUGAAUGGGCUGGUGAGCAGCCGGCGGCGUUCCUCCACGAGUCAGCAGCUCCAGUCCAGCAGCUGGAGGACAUGGCAGCGAGCGAGGUCACGUACGGAGAGGUGGAGCAGCGCCUGGAUCAGCUUCAGGAUCACCUCAGCAGACUGGAGACCCAGAUGGUGUCAGACAUCCAGAACAUCCUCCAGCUGCUGCAGAGGCAGAUCGCGGUGGGCCCCCCCGCCUACAGCACCGUGGCGUCCAGUCCAGACUACCAGAGACCCCCGCUGAAGCCCCUCCCAGCGCCCCUGAACACCAUCUCCCUCCUGGGGCAGCCCCCCCACGGCCCCCCAGCGGAGUGGACCCGCCCAGGGGCCCCCCCAGCGGGCCGGGCCCCCGUGGCCCCUGGCCCCCAGCACCGCCUGGUGGCCCUGCUGACCCACAGCGCCGCCCCCCCCCCACAGCACCGCUCCAGUCUGAUGCUGCUGCCGCUGGACACGUCUGCAUGCUGCCCCCCCCGCCGCUGCCCGGCCCCCCACCCCGGCCCCCCGGGGCCCUGA